AUGUUAAGUCCUGAACGCCGACCAUCCAUGGCUGAACGCCGCCCAUCGUUCUUUAGCUUUACCCAGAAUCCAAGCCCUUUAGUGGUUCCGCAUUUAGCUGGUAUUGAAGAUCCAUUACCGGCUACUACCCCAGAUAAAGUAGAUGUUCUAAUCGUAGGGACCGGUAUGGUGGAAAGUGUAUUGGCUGCGGCACUGGCUUGGCAAGGUUCAAAUGUGCUUCAUAUUGAUAAGAAUGACUAUUAUGGUGACACUUCAGCCACGUUGACUGUGGACCAAAUCAAAAGAUGGGUAAACGAAGUUAAUGAUGGCUCAGUACGUUGUUACAAGAAUGCAAAAUUGUAUGUAUCGACGCUGAUCGGUAGUGGCAAGUACUCUUCGAGAGAUUUUGGAAUAGAUCUUUCUCCCAAGAUCUUAUUUGCGAAAUCUGAUUUAUUAUCCAUCUUAAUUAAAUCAAGGGUCCACCAAUAUUUAGAAUUUCAAUCAUUAUCCAAUUUCCAUACUUAUGAAAAUGACUGCUUCGAAAAAUUAACAAACACAAAGCAAGAAAUAUUUACAGAUCAAAAUUUACCUUUAAUGACUAAGAGGAAUCUAAUGAAGUUUAUCAAAUUUGUACUUAACUGGGAAGCACAAACAGAAAUAUGGCAGCCGUAUGCGGAAAGAACCAUGUCGGAUUUCCUAGUGGAAAAGUUUAAGUUAGAAAAGCCCCAAGUGUUCGAACUUAUUUUUUCAAUUGGGUUAUGUUAUGACCUCAACGUAAAAGUACCAGAAGCGUUACAAAGGAUUCGUCGAUAUCUAACUAGUUUUGAUGUUUAUGGGCCAUUUCCCGCGUUGUGUUCUAAGUAUGGUGGACCGGGUGAAUUGUCACAAGGUUUUUGUAGAUCUGCCGCUGUAGGUGGUGCCACCUAUAAGCUUAACGAAAAACUGGUAUCCUUCAAUCCUACAACCAAGGUAGCCACAUUUCAAGAUGGCUCCAAGGUGGAAGUUUCAGAGAAAGUAAUAGUAUCACCCACUCAAGCUCCUAAAGACAGUAAGCAUGUUCCUCAACAGCAGUACCAAGUACAUCGCUUGACCUGUAUAGUUGAAAACCCCUGUACCGAAUGGUUCAAUGAGGGUGAAUCUGCCGCUAUGGUUGUUUUCCCUCCGGGCUCCUUGAAAUCUGGUAAUAAGGAAGUGGUACAAGCGUUUAUUCUCGGUGCGGGCAGCGAAAUUUGCCCAGAAGGAACUAUCGUAUGGUAUCUAUCAACUACUGAACAAGGCCCACGUGCCGAAAUGGACAUUGAUGCCGCCUUGGAAGCUAUGGAAAUGGCCCUUCUGAGGGAGUCUUCUUCUGGUUUGGAAAACGACGACGAAAUCGUUCAACUAACUGGCAAUGGUCACACAAUAGUAAAUUCAGUAAAGUUGGGCCAAUCUUUCAAGGAGUAUAUUCCCAGGGAGAGAUUACAGUUUUUGUUCAAGCUUUAUUACACGCAAUUCACAUCUACGCCACCGUUUGGUGUAGUUAACUCCUCUUUCUUUGAUGCCAAUCAAGAUUUAGAAAAGAAAUAUAUUCCUGGUGCUAGUGAUAAUGGCGUCAUAUAUACAACCAUGCCUUCUGCCGAGAUAUCAUAUGAUGAAGUAGUCACCGCAGCCAAAGUUCUAUACGAAAAAAUAGUUGGUAGUGAUGAUGAUUUCUUUGAUCUAGAUUUCGAAGAUGAAGAUGACAUACAAGCUGGCGGCGCUAGCAAUGCGGAACAGUUUGAAAGUGCCAUAGACGAUGACGAUGAUGUUACUAUGGAAGGCUCAGGUGAGUUUGUAGGUGAAAUGGAGAUAUGA